UGCAAACCGUGUUGUGCUCUGAAACGGAACUCAAAAUCCUCAAAAUUGUUCUCGUAAAUAGUGAUUAUUUUUUCGGAGUUUUUGCUCAAACUGCCCAUAAAUGGAAGAUAUAGACGUGGAGAAAAUAUGCCGUUUGUGUUGUGAGAAAAAGGGCCGUUUGAGGUCUUUAUUCGAAGGGCCUCAAAAAUAUGCCCGAACUUUACCGGACAUCAUCUGCGAUAUCUCGCGGCUGCAGGUGGAACGCAAUGAUGGUCUGCCGCAGAUGAUUUGCCGAGUCUGCUCAACCGCACUGGUAAAAAUGUACGACACAAUCGAGAGCUAUCGCAACAACGACCUGAGGCUUCGUCAGAUGCUGAGCAUGGUACCGCCGGUUGAAAUUAAGGAGGAAGAAGUGGACGUCGAUCUGCUGGAAAAUGCGUUUGUACAGGAGCUACAAAUCGAACAUGUGCCCAUGAAGGAAGAAGAUAUGAAUGAAGAAUAUCUGGAAUCAGAUUUGCCGUCACGCGAUACUAGCCAAAUUACAGAACAACUGGAAGGCGAAGUGCUUUUCAAGCGGGAAGAUUCUGACGAUGAUAGCGAAGAUGUACCCCAAAAAGAUGACGAGGAAUGGGAACCACAGGACAUACCUGGCAAGGAUGAUAAAAAGCCUCUCGUAGGGAAGAGUCGCAAGCGAAAAAAACAAAUAGACGAAACGAUAAAGUCAUCAGGUCGUCGUCACAGGAAAGCGAAGUGCCCUGACCGUCCACGGAAGAACGACUUCAAAUGCUACAUCUGCAUGAGUGAUUCCCACGGAACUCCCGAAGCCCUAUUGGCACAUUUAAAUGGUACGCACCAAGAUCUGUUGCCUUUCACGUGUCCGGAAUGUGUUAUGGAAACGAUUGUAAUUAAUACCUUACUAGCAUUGAAUAGUCACAAAAAGCAACAUUUGAAUCCGGAAAAAUGUCCGCUUUGCGAUAAGCGGUACACUCAUAAAAAUAACCUGGAGAUGCACAUCCAAAUGCACCACUCAGCUGACAACUCAGACAACUCCCUAACUUGCACUCAUUGCGGAGAAAUUUAUCCUACAAAGUCAGCCCUGUACCAUCACACAAAAAUACAUACAACCGCUGCAAGCUGUGAAAUUUGCGGGAAAAUCUUUAAGGAACGAAGCAAACUCAAAAGGCACAUUCAGAACAAACACGAAAAGCUCAGGAAGUACGAGUGUCACAUCUGCCAGAAGAAGCUCUCUUCGAUGGACAGUGUUCAAAUUCACAUCAAAACGUUCCACUCGGCCAAGACACUCAAGUGCAGCUUUUGCCCGAAGACGUUCGGCUCGGAGUUGGUUCACCGUGCCCACGAAAAGAGGCAUCUUGAUCAUCCGGAUUUGGAACCGAAAAACGAUUGGAAGGAAUACUACACCAUCGUUGAUAAGGCUACCAAACAAAGAAAAUGCAAUCUCUGUGGGAUGGUCACAACGGCGAUUGGAUCCCAUCUGGCCAGAGUGCACUUCCCAACCGAAUAUCGAUGCAAAGUUUGCGAUCAGGCGUUCAAAAGCAAACAAACCUGUGAAGUGCACGAGCUGGCGCACGAGUACGGUAAGGCGUUCCAUUGUCCAAUUUGUGCGCGGGAAUUUUCCGAGAGGAAACUCUUGAUUUGCCAUCUCCGUACCAAGCAGCAUCAAGAUCAUCCACUUGCGCUGGAAAUGCUUGGUACGGUCCGGACCAAACGAGGGGAAAAGAACGAUGGCGACGUCGAUGUGGAUGAUGCCCAGAGCCAGUAGUUUAGCUCAGGUAAGUUGAAGGACUUUUCAUUACGUUAGAAUGUACAUGCUUCACGUUCAAUAAAUUGUAUCUGUUAUGGUUGAUUA